CUAAACUUUUGUACACUCAGAAUAAAGCAAUUAUCUAUCUCUCACUUUUGUUCGUUGAACCCUCUUUAUAAUCUAUUAAUUCUUGCUGUCCUUUUUGGUGUUUUUAAUAUUCUAUUCUAUGCUGUACACUUCUAGCUCUUUCAGGACCGUAUUUGGUUGCCUAGAGCUUUCUUGGCUUUGAAGUCACUUAGCUCAGAGGUAGAGAGAGAGAGAAGUGAUAGUAAUGGAAAAGGUUCCGGCAGGGCUGAGCCACCUCUUCAUGACGGCGUUCCUCAGCUGCUUCUCGGCUUUCAUGGUGAUUCCGGCGAUCACUGACAUUACCCUGGCGGCGGUUUGCCCUGGACAAGAUGAAUGCUCGCUCGCUAUCUACCUCACCGGGAUUCAACAAGCGAUAAUAGGAUUGGGAUCGCUGGUGGUGAUGCCGUUGGUAGGGAAUCUGUCCGACACGUAUGGGAGGAAAAGCAUGUUGACUAUACCCAUGGCACUCUCUAUAUUCCCGCUUGUGAUAUUGGCGUACAGCAGAUCGAAGUACUACUUCUAUGCUUACUACAUAUUAAGAACCCUCAUUGCCAUGGUCUGUGACGGAAGCGUUCAGUGUAUAGCUCUUGCUUAUGUGGCGGACAAUGUUCCGGAGUGCCGGCGGGGCUCCGCCUUCGGAGUGAUGUCCGGCAUUGUUUCCACUGCUUUUGUCUGCGGAAAUCUCUCUGCUCGCUUUCUCUCUACAGCCUCUACCUUCCAAAUCGCUGCUUUAAUGGCGGUAUUAGCUCUGAUAUACAUGAAGACAUUCCUCCCAGAGUCUUUGGUGAAGGAUCGCACUUCUGCAAAAGCAACUGAGACAGACGGUCUUCUGGAAAAAGCUCCCAAGAAACCAUUUCAGUUUUGUAAGAACUUGCCUUCCUUCAACGAUGUAUUGUGCUUAUUAAGGACGAGCCCAACAAUCUUACAAGCAGCUAUAGUUUCAGUCCUCACAAAUGUUGCAGAAAUUGGUCUGCAUGCCUCUCUAUUUUACUUCUUGAAGGCGCAAUUUCACUUCGACAAAAAUCAGUUUGCUGAUUUGAUGAUAAUUGGUGGUGUUGCCGGGGCCAUAUCCCAGCUGGUUCUUAUGCCUUUGUUGGUCCCUGCGGUCGGAGAAGAAAGGCUGCUCUCAAUUGGGCUCUUCUUCAGCUCUGUUCAUAUGUUUCUUUACAGCGUUGCAUGGGCCUUCUGGGUUCCUUAUGUUGCUGCAUUAAUCUCUGUUCUAGCUAUUUUUGCAAUGCCUUGUUUACGGAGCAUUGCAUCAAAGCAAAUUGGACCUAACGAGCAGGGAAAGGUACAAGGAUGCAUUUCAGGCUUGUGUUCCUUUGCCAACAUAGUUUCCCCAUUGGCUUUUAGUCCCUUAACCGCCACCUUUCUCUCCGAUGAUGCACCUUUCCAUUACCCUGGUUUCAGUAUUAUGGUUGCUGGAUUGGCUGCGAUGCUAGCCUUUGUUCAGAGCAUGACGAUAAGGGCUCCUCAACCCACAAACACUUGCAGUUUAAACACCCAAAACUCUGAAGCCUUACCACAAGUUUAAGAAGAUGGAAUAAGGCUUGUAAAGCUAUUCGUAGAGAAAUUUGAUUUGAGGCAUUGAAUUGGGGAUUCCUAAGUGCUAUUUUAUAAGCCUAUAUGGAUCUUAAAUUGCAGGAAUUAGCAACAGGUACUUCUCAAUGAUAGUAUAUGUACAUAAAAAGUAAAGACUCUAUAUUAUCUAUUUAUAUAUAAGUAAAUCAUUUUUUUUAGUUA